GGGUGUGUUGUAGAGGUAGAGAGAGCAGGCAGGCAGCAGUGUGUGAGGCAGACAGACAGCAUGGUUAGAGCGUGCAGGGCGGACCAGCCACGGCUCUCCAUGUAGCCCAGUGCAGCACAAGCUAGAGGGGGGGAGUCUGAGGAGCCACCAGGACCUACUCAUCUCACUAACAGCCAGGAGCUCUCUCUCCACUCAGGCUACUGGCUUUCUUUUCAGGGAUAGACUUCAGAGGAACAACUUCAAAUUUCAUAUUUUUUUCUCUGGCUGGCUUUGGUGUUUACUUUCGAGGAGCCUUUUUUGUGUAUUUGGGGACACCUGGGGAAUAGUUAUUGUUUUGACUGGGUCUUGACUGGGCUGGGUGGGCGCUCCAAGGGACCGCAUGCAUGACACAACGCAAAGGCGAGAAGACCACCAUCAGCAUCCAGGAGCACAUGGCCAUUGACGUGUGCCCUGGCCCCAUCCAGCCCAUCAAGCAGAUCUCUGACUACUUCCCCCGCUACCCGCGGGGUCUCCCCCCGACAGCACCCCCCGCCCUCAGCCGGGCCGGCUCGCUGCGCUCCUCCUCCGCCAGCCACAACUCUGGGGAUGACCCGGCCCGCUCCCACACCGGUGAAGACCCGGACCGGGCGUUUGGCGGUGCCGCCGCCCCAACACCCGCGGCGACCGGCAAGAAGGAGGAGGAACCGGACGUCGAGGGCUAUGACUCGGACGACUCAACUACGUUGGGGACCCUGGACUUCAGUUUACUGUAUGACCAGGAAAACAACGCUUUGCACUGUACCAUCAACAAAGCCAAGGGGCUAAAACCCAUGGACCACAACGGGCUCUCGGAUCCGUAUGUCAAACUGCACCUACUGCCUGGGGCCAGUAAGGCAAAUAAGCUUCGCACCAAGACCCCAAACACCCUCAACCCCAUCUGGAGCGAGACCCUGACCUACUAUGGCAUCACCGAUGAGGAGGUCCGCAAAACACUCAGGAUUUCAGUGUGUGAUGAGGACAAGUUCCGCCACAAUGAGUUCAUCGGAGAGACACGCAUCCCCCUCAAGAAACUCAAGCCCAACCAGACCAAGAACUUCUACAACUGCUUGGAGAAACAGCUACCUAUCGACAAAACAGAUGACAAGUCCCUGGAGGAGCGAGGGCGUAUCAUGAUCUCCCUCAAGUAUAGUUCCCAGAAGUCUGGCUUGAUGGUGGGCAUCGUCCGCUGUGCCCACCUCGCCGCCAUGGACGCCAACGGCUUCUCAGAUCCCUACGUCAAAACGUACCUGAAGCCUGACGAAAACAAAAAGUCAAAGCACAAGACUGCUGUGAAGAAGAAGACCCUCAACCCAGAGUUUAACGAGGAGUUCUUCUACGAAAUCAAAUACGCCGAUCUCAGCAAGAAGACACUGGAGGUGACCGUCUGGGAUUACGACAUUGGCAAGUCCAACGAUUUUAUAGGUGGCGUAUCCCUGGGCAUCAGCGCCAAUGGGGAGAGGCUCAAACACUGGUUCGACUGUCUCAAAAACAAGGACAAGAAAAUUGAGCGCUGGCACACGCUGACCAACGAACUUCCUGGUACAACAUUCAACGACUAAUGGCCCAUCCCCAAACCCUACACAUUUGCAAGUAAGGCACCUCCCAUACUUGCUGUGGACAGGAGUUCAGCCUUGAUCGACCAAUUUACCAAAUCACACUCCAGCUUUCCCGUUUCCGGAGACAUUUACCAAAUCACAGCUCUUGUUUUCUGUAUUUCUCUCCCAAGGUUUUGAGCUCACCCAUUAUCUUCUAUCCCCUUCUGAUAAUGUGCUGUCUUUAGGGCUUAUUUGAUGAUACUGCACCUGCAGCUGUCCACAAAAGAACGGUUUGGCAGUGUUGAGAAAGAGUCUGAUGUGUGUCCCAACAAAACCAUAAGUGCGCAACACAUGGGAAACAAAAGGUUUGCUGCACAAAACUAGAGAUGCGAUUAUAUUUUAAUUGUUUGCUGUCCAGAGAUGCAUAUUCACUAGGUUUACUGGAAAAUCUACUGGCGGAUAUGGGGAGUGUGCACUUUGUUGAAAUGACAGGAGAAAAGUGUGGAUUAUUUACUUCAGACACUGCUCUUAAAAGCAUGUAAUGUUUACAAGUCUAGGACGCAGCUCCACACACCUAUGCUGUUCCUCUCAAGUUCGUCUUUGCAGGGGAAAGGGGGAAAAAGACACACGUAAUGUGUUUUAUAUAGACAGUCUACUUUCAGGUCAUUGCAAAUGUCUAAUCCUGUGAUGAAGGGUUUGGGCUAGGAGAGGGAAAUGAGGAAGGGGUGAGGCAUUUUUAAUAAAGUAGCGCUAAGUAUCUUGUUGCUUGUGUUUCAGUUGUUUUUAAAGUAGAGUAAAAUGUACGCUACCCCAAUCAGUGUAUCAGAUGAAUGUAGACUAUAACCCUUCUAACCCACAGUACAGUAACUCCUCUGAGAAUGUGCACCCAAGUGCUGUGUGUUAUUGAACCAGUUCAUACAUAAAAUUCAAGGUCUGAUAAACAUCAGAGAGUUGCGUUGGAUGGUAUGGGAGGAAGAGAAUUGAACAUCUGCAGCCCCAUUCGCAAACUGUCAAUGAUGUUGCCUGAGGCGGAACAUUGUCCAUAGAUCUAUAUUUUUAAUGACAUGAGGGCUGUCAUGGAACUACCGAUUCAUAGUUAAUGUAGUGGAAUGUAUGAGUUGGCGCUGCUUAGUCCCAGAACCCUAUUUAGUCGAUGAGAAGGCAAUAUGUCUCAGAACACACUUCACACUUAUUUGAUAUCAAAGCACGGUUUGAUCUUUGUGCAAAAUUAAGCAUUUUAUAUUCACCAUUUUAUUGUUGCCUGUUGUCUAAGAAAUCGCAGGGCUAAAUGUAUGUUUAUGUGUGCGUGCACAUGUUUGUACUGUAUGUAUGUUGGUGAAUGCAACCAACAAAUUGUCCUUUUAAUUGUGAAAUAUUCAACUGGCCAAUUCUUAGCCAACAGGUAAUCAUUGUAUAUGUAUUGCUAGUGUUUUCCAUUGUACAUGUUGUUGGCGUUCAAACUUGAACUGUACUUUUAGUUUAUGUAUAGCAGCAUACAACCAGUACAUACCCGACAUUACAUGAUUAUAAGUAGUUUCAUUUUGUGUUCUCAUUUAUUUUACCCAUAGUGAUAUUUUUGACAGCUUUUGUCUUCCUUUAAUAAUCUCAAAUUGUGUCCCAUUUCAUUCUUAAACAUGCAGUGAGCCUAAUUUCGAGGGUAUUUUUCAUUUUCAUUGACCAACCCAUGUGGGCUUAACGUUCCUACUUCAUCUUCACAGUUUACUCAAGAGAGGGUCAAGUAUUCCACCUGUCUAUCUGAGCGUUAGUCUCUCUGGCCUGGUGUGGAGAGUGAUUUGUGAAACACUAACUCAUUGGCUAUGCAGCAGUCAAAUAUCUUCCCCCUCUACUAAUGAGAAUCUGUUUUGGACACAAAGGUCCAACACUAUCUCUUCCUCAGUCCUACAGGGGUCAGGCAGGCAUGGAGGUGGUCUCUUCCUCAGUCCUACAGGGGUCAGACAGGCAUGGAGGUGGUCUCUUCUCAGUCCUACAGGGGUCAGACAGGCAUGGAGGUGGUCUCUUCCUCAGUCCUACAGGGGUCAGGCAGGCAUGGAGGUGGUCUCUUUCUCAAAUGCAUAUACAGUCGCAACAGCAGCCCAACCUGUGGAAUUUUGUAAUCUGUUUGCCUUUGUACUCAAAACUGGAUAUUAUGACAAAAAUGCAUGCAGAUGUUAUUGGUUUGUCAUGAAAUGACUUUGCUUAAUGUUUGAUACUGCUGUUUUUUCUGUGAAAAAAAUAACACAACUGUGGAUGCUACAAGAAUGUCAAUAUUUCUUCUGGACAACGUUUUGUACCUUUGAACACUAUCGCAUUGACUGUCUGGGGAUGUGACUGCAUGUGAAGAAAAUCUAUGCCUCUGUUUUGUUCCAUUUUUUUAACACUCAGGCAAUUGUUUGCAUAGUUCUGGUGGUUCUCUGGUUUUCAAGAAAUUAUUAAGAAAAACAAUUCGAUUUUCUCCUAUUUCACCUUAGUCUUGGCACGGAAUGGCCGUAGGAUCGUGCCUUUUCUUUUGUAACAGUGUAUUUUUGCACCGCUCAAGAUUAGAUCAAUAUUAGCUUUUAAUAUGGAAAUAAUACAUGGCACAUUUAUAUUUAUGUAUAUGCGUUAGUAUCUGAACACUGUUUCACUCUUUGAAUAUUUCCCACCCAAAUGACACAAGGCCAGAGUGUCAUUCCACUGUGUGAUGGUGUUGACAGUGAGGGCAGGGUGCAAGGUUGAGGUGGAAGCAUGGAUUUAUACGUCUGUGGGUGGAAGAGGUCACAAUGAAAGGCAACAGGGUCUGUAUUAACAAAGUGUCUCAGAGAAAGAGUGCUGAUCUAGGAUCAGUUUUGCCUUUUAAAUUAUAGUGAAUUAUAUUAUAUGGACUGGGGUGACCUGAUCCUAAUCAGCAUCCCUGGUCUUAG